GCGCGAGGCUGGGUGGCCCAGGCGGCUGUCGAGGACCCCGACGGUGGAGACGAGGACCUCGGAGAGGCGGAGGCCGUCGUGCCCGCGCCCGUGGAGGACGGGCCCGUGCCGAUCGUCCCGUUGGCGGUGGCCCAGGGCAAAUGCUACUGCAGCACGGGCUACACAGCAGGCGGCCUUGAGCGGUGCCGGUUCGCGGGGCGGGCGCUGCGGGUCUCCAGCGCAGAGCCGCCGCUGCGCUUCGCGAAGGCCGAGUUCCUCUUCAGCGGCGACGGCCACUGGGACUGGGUGGCCAGCCACCCUGGGCAGCCGAGCGCGGUGACAGAGCGCCCGCUCAUCCACGUGUUCUCGGAGAACCCGUGCUCAGUCGUGGAGGGGCGGGUGACGUGCGCCGAGCUGAUCCACGUGGCGGACGGGGAGGAGCUCGGCCUCACGGACCUGCGGGCGCUGUUCGUCGAGUGCCAGGAGGCGAACCCAGAGGCGGCUUGGCCAGCAGCAUGCCUCGGGCCGCUGGUCGCCGCCGCCGCCCCCGCGAGGCCCGCUGCGGUGGCCAAAGCGACGGGUCGCCCGCCAGCCGCAGCAGGUUGUCCCAGGGCCCCGCCUGGCGCUGCCCCCUUCGACGAUUUCCGGAGCGUAGGAGGCUCGUCGCGCGGCCCUGGCUCAGAGCUGGCCGCAGACGAGGAGGCAGCUGCCGCGGGCGGCCUUGGAGGCAAGCUCGCAGGGGCUCGUGUGCGCCUCGAGGAGGGGAAGCGGGCUGCUGGCGACGUCAACCUGGACGGCUCCCCCCUCGGCGCAGAGGCGGCUGGCGAGGGGCCUGUGAAGAAGCGGUCGCUCGGGGACCUGCUGGUCGAGCGCGCCGCGAAGCUCAAGAGGGCCGCCUCGGACGCGGGCCCCCGAGGGUCAGGGGGCCCUGUGCCCGAGCGGGCGCCGCCAGGAGCUGGUCUGAGCGGCGGCAUGGCGGAGCUGGCGCAGGCGCUCGUGAUGGCCAUCCGCGAGGGCAAGGAGGCUCCCCCUGGCGGCAUCGGCGGGGGCGGCCUCGGCUCCUUGGACCCCGCGGCGGUGCCGCGCGACCUGGCCACGAGGGGGGGGGCGGCCGUCGACGCGACGGGCCCGAUCGCGCUGCGGUACCUCCUCACGAUCUACCUGCCGCAGCAUCCGGUGAAGGAGAUCGGCGUGCAGACGUGCCGCGAGCUCCGCACCCUCGCGGAGGCGGUGGACCUGCUGAUGCAGGGGAAGGCGGCCUACGCCUGCGACCUGAUCGUCCAGGGCCUAAAGGCGCUGCAGGGGUCGGCAGCCCCGCCGCCGUGGAAGAUGUCCUUCGCGGAGAUGCGGAAGGAGUUCCCGAAGCAGCCGGGGGAGACGAACACCCAGCACCGCCUGCGAGCCUUCAAAGCUCGUGCGGCGGGCGUCGCGGAGCCCCCGCUGGCCACCGCGCUGCAGUGCUGGUCCGACGAGCUCUCCCUCGGCUUCGGCAAGAGCAUCGUCGCGGUCGACCUGGCGGCGCAGCUGGCGGCAGCGGAGGUGGACCGCUGGCUGGCCCACAGUGCCUUGCCCAAGGCACGCAGGUGCCGCCGCCGCGCCGUGGCGCGGGAGGUCAGCGAGCAGGCGUGGCUGCACCUCAGCGUGGUGGCGCUCAACUGUGCGUUCUGCGGCCGCGCGCAGGAAGGCUGGCGCCACAGGCCGACCCUGUCGAAGGCGCAGACGCAGGUCUACGUGCACUUGAAGUGCCGAGCGGCGGCCCUGGCGGAGGACCCGCUCGCCAUGGUCGUGGUCCCUGCGAUCGACGAGCUGGCGGGCGGCUGCGGGUCAGCGUACGAGGGCGAGACGGGCGUGAAGGCCCUCCCCUGCCGGCUCUGCGAGCUGGCCCCUGGCCUGCCCGCGCGGGAGUGCGCUGCCACGCUCGACGCGAUCGACUUCGUUGACGACGAGGUCGGCGCUUGGCUGCGCCGCCCCGAGCUGGCGCUCCUCGACCAGUCCGACUGGCCCGACCCGCUGCCGCGGGCCCGCGUGAACGUGGAGACGGAGGCGGACUGGGAGGAGCUGGCGCUGCACCUCGUGUCGCUCAGCAUCUUCACCACGCUCGCGGAGAGCGAGCUGGUCCGCGUGAGGGGCGAGCCCGUGCUGAACGGCCUGUUCGUGGUGGAGAAGAAGGGCACCCCAGCGCUUGGCGCCACGCGGGUCACCAGGCUCAUCCCCAACAUGGUGCCAGGCAACUCGCUCCUGAAGGCCCACGUGGGCGAGGCGGCGCUGCUCGCGGCCUCGACGUCCUGGACGUCGGUCGUGAUCCCCGAAGGGAAGCUGCUGCUGUGGUCGGGCGACGACCAGAAGGGGGCCUUCUUCGUGUGGCGGGCCCCGCCCGCGUGGCACCCCUACAUGGCCGUGGGGCGGCCGCUCGCGGGCAAGCUGUUUGGCCGCUCGGAGCCCGUCGUCUACGUGACCUCGGCUGUCAUCGCCAUGGGCUGGUCGCUCGCGGUGCCCGUUUUCCAGCACAUUCACCGACGGCUGUGCCGCCUGGCGCCGCCCCUCGGGGCGGGGCUUCCCCCAGACGGGGAGAGGCGCAAGGAUUGCGCGCGGCCCCUGGUCGAGGCAGGCAGCGGCCAGGACGCUGGCUGGUGGCAGGUCUACAUCGACGACUUCGAUGCGCCGGAGAUCGUCGAGGAGGUUUUGGCCCGCAAGCUCGUGGGGGCCCCGAGCGACCUCCAGAUGCAGGUCCGCGCCAGCUACGAGAGGGCGAGCGCCUCCUUCUCGGCCGAGAAGGCGCACUGCAGGCAGCUGAGGGUCGAGCGCAUGGGCGCGGACGUCGACGGCGUCAGCGGGCGCCUCGCUGUCCCCGCCUCCAAGGCGCUGACCACUGCGGGCCUCUGCUUGGCCGCGGUGCAGCGGCGCCUGGUCCCGUGGCGCGUUGCCAUGGCGGCCCUCGGCGAGCUCGCGAGGGCCUUCGAGUUCAGGCGGCCGCUCUUCGGGGUCCUGAACUCCGUCUGGACGCUGGCUGCGUCCUCAGCGCAGGAGGCUUACCUGGACGCGGAGAUGGUGGAGGAGCUCCUCAUGGGCGUGAUGGUCCUGCCGCUGGCCGCCUCCUCGCUGCGGGCGCGCGUCGACGGCAUGGUCACGUCCUCGGACGCGUCGGAGAUGGGCGGCGGCGUGUGCACGUCAGCCGGCCUGCGCGAGGAUGUCGCCGCCGCCUUGCAGGUGCCGAGGACGGUCCCCGACCAGCUGGGGAUAGGGGCCAGGCUCCUCAACAUGCCCGAGGACCCCGCCCGACCGUGGGCGGCAGCCAACCCACGCGUCCCCGCCAGGGCAGUCCGCAGGGUGUUGUCGGUGCUGGUCAUCGGCCUGUUCGACGGCAUCGGAGGCCUCGCCGUCGCCUUCUCGAGGCUGCCCUUCCGCAUCGCGGCCUACGUCGCGGCCGAGACGGACGCCGAGGCGAGGCGCGUUGUCAGGCUCCGCUGGCUAGGUGUCAUCGACUGGGGCGACGUCACCCGCGUUGGCAGCGAGACGGUGCGGGACCUGUUCGAGGCGUUCGGCGGCCUCGUCGACCUCGUGGCGGUCGCUGCGGGCAGCCCCUGCCAGGACCUCGGCAGGAAGUCCUCGCUGUUCUACGAGGUGCCGCGUAUCCUGGCUCUCCUCGCCGCCGUCUUCAGGGACAGGCUCGUUUGGUUCGUGGAGAACGUGGCCAGCAUGUCCGACGUCAACGUGGAGCUGAUCUCGGAGGCGCUGCAGGUGAGGCCGACGCUGGUGUGCUCGUCGGUGUUCGUGCCGUGCUGCAGGCCGCGCCUGUUCUGGACGAGCUGGGGCGCCACCGCAUCGGCGCCUCUUCGGCUGACCGACCGCGGGGUCUACAACGAGCUGGUGGGCCCUGGCGUCCCGCUCAUGGACCUCGCGUGGGAGGGCGAGGGCUGCUCUGGGCCAGGGAGACCGAGGUGCACCUCCCUAGCCACCAAGGGCUCGAACCCUCAGGACGCCUCCGACGCCAGGGCCUUCCUCCUCGGCACCAGCUUCAGUAUUCACGUCGUGGCAUGGUUGUGCCAGCAACUCCAGCACCGCCGCGGCGCGCUGAACAGGGAGCUGUCGUUAGAAGAGGUGUCCCCCGUCCGCGAGUGCCGGGCGACAUGGGGCCAGGCGGGGGCCUUCGUCACGGAGCCAGGGGAGCCGGACACCGCGGAGGCGAGGCAGCCGGUCCUGCACUACCUCAGCCGCGCGGAGAAGGGCGGGUCGGACGUCAGGCUGGACUACGGCGUCCCCUACCGCCCGCGAGGUUGGCCGAGGACGAGCCUGGACCCGUUCGUGUGGAAGUGGCGCGUGGUGGUCAGCAUGGCGUGGCCCGGCCGGAGCUCCACCCACAUAAACGUGAGAGAGCUGCAGGCGGCCACGUCGGCGAUCAGGUGGCGCGCCCGCAAGGUCGCGAAGCACGGGGGCAGGUUCUUGCACCUCGUCGACAGCCAGGUGGUCGCGGCCAUCGUGACAAGGGGCCGCAGCAGCAGCAGGAAGCUCCAGCCCAUCCUGAUGCGCUGGAUGGCCGUCGUCGUGGCGGCCGACAUGUACCCACUGAUCGGCUACGUGGUCUCGGAGGACAACCCUGCGUGGCUCGAAGCCCAGGAGGCGAGGGCGACCCGUGCCGCGCGCGCGGCCGCUCACCGCAGGCCCGUGCCCGUGAGGCGCCGCGGGACGCGCUGCCAGACUCUCUCUUCCCUGAGGGUGUCGGCGGAGACGCGGCGGCGCUACGGGCGGGCUCUGCGGGCCCUGCUGGCCCACUUCGGAGCCGAGCAGGCGGGGGCGGACGCCUUGCGCGGCGACCCCGAGUGCGCCGACGCCCUCGUCGCGGAGUACCUCGAGGGCCUGUGGGCCUCUGGUGCGGGCGUCGCGGCCGCCAGCAACACUCUGGCAGAGGUGUGCUUCGCGGCGCCUCGCCUGAGGCGACACCUCGACCUGAGCUGGGCUCUCCUCAAUACAUGGAGGCAGCAUGAGCCGGCGUCCAGGGUGCUGCCGCUCACGACCCAGGCCGUCGCGGCCAUGGCGGGGUUCGCUUGCGCGGCAGGCGCUUUCGACGUGGCCGCCCUCCUUCUCGUCAACCUUGAGGGCAUGCUCCAAGGCGCGGAGGUGUUUGCCCUGACGGUGGGCGACAUCGUCGACCGCGGCGAGCUGUUCGUGGUCCGGAUCAGCUCGUCCAAGACCACGGCUGGCAAGGACUGCGCAGAGGCAGUCGUCGUCCGCAGCAGGAUGGCCGUGGCGCUCCUGCAGAUUGCGGUCCGCAACCUUGGUGCAGGUGCGCGGCUCUCCACCGCACGCCUGUGCAUCGAGGGCGCGGUGGCCGGCUCAGUGCACGCCCAGCCCGGAGCGAGGCAGCCCGCGCCGUUGCGCGAGGACUGCGGCUCCUGCAGCUGGCCAUUGUAA